AUAUGGAAUUGGAUGUUUAAAACAUGGUUAUUGCCCUGGAUGGUAGUAUAAGAGCUGGUCCUUCAUCGGGAACAACUUAUCCCUGACUAAUAUUUGACAGGACUCUCCUGUGGUCUGUAUGACAAACUGUUUUAACAAGGUAAAUUGAUUAGCACAACAUAUAAAUAAGGAACAAUUGAAUUGACUGACUCCUCAGUAGAAGAAGAAUGCAUUGUAAAAGCACUGCUGACCACUGAGCUGUGAUAUUGUGUCUCAUACUUGUUAUAAUAAGGAUUAAUAGAGGGAUUCAAACAUUCAAAUAAGUUAUUUAGAAAUUUAAAUUUUUUUAGUAGGUUUCCUUGAGACAAAAUUGAAAUCAAAAUAUACCCAGUUCAAUGUGGACGUAAUUUGUAUAAGCUGAUGUUAUGGUCCUUUGUGUGUCUCUAUUAAUGUUUACCAUCAUUGUGGAGGAAUUCAGACUCAGCCAUGCUGUCGUGGAUUUUCUGCUGUUUGGGACCAUUGUGCUGUUUCAGUUCACAUAAAUCUCUUACACAUGGUUUUGCAUUUGACUCUACGUACUAUGGCUUACAGAGGAGUUUAUAGUUGACUCAAUGACUCCAAAGUGCCAAGGUUCUAAAAAAAUAAUAUAACCAGUCCCCAAUCACUGACUAUGACGGUUGGUAUGAGUUGUUUAUCUUCUAUCUUUUAAAUUUUGUUUUGUUGAUUUUAGAGCUCCUAAAAUCAACAAAAUCAAAGUAGCAUAUUCUCUCAGAGAUAUGCCACUUACUAAAGAGUGAAUAACUCUACCCUGGAGGUAUGGACUAUGUGAAAACUAUAUGGUUAUGUACAGGCAAGGGCAAUCAUAUUACAGACCAUAUCUGAUUUAGUGGGGGUUGAUCAAACUGUUAAUUUUUACAAAAAACAUCACUAUCGAAUAAAACUACCAUAUUAGCGUCAUCUGUGUUCAGGAUCUUCUCAGUGGAGUUACAGUCGGUAGUUUAGGGAAUGAAGAUAAGGGGCACGACAACACAACCUUGUGGUUCACCUGUACAGAUAAUAUGGAUUUGCAGAGGAAGCCAGAAGCCCACUGGAAGCUUUAAUCGGACUCCGGUGGGAUUAACCUGCAGAAGCUUUGGCUCCGCAGGCUCAUAGUAACACAUUUUUAGGGAACCACAAGUUAGACACAGAGCAGACAUUCAGAGAUUUGUUUAUAAUGUCUGAAGACUGAUUCUAGCUGGUCAAGUCAAUGUUUUAGGAUAAAUGGUAAAUUUUUUGAAACAUUUUUGAGUUGGAUGAUUGCAGGCUGAAUAAAAACAACUCCCAUUAGGUGAAAGCUUGUUAAACUGGAUAUAAAGGAGUUUUACAAACAUAACCCUUUCUUGAGUAACUUGAUUAAAAUAAAUCCUGAGUCUACAAUCUGACUCCAUACUUGUGAUGCAUCUAUAUUAUGUAUUUAAGAUACAAAGUGUUUCCACAGCCAGUUACUGAAGUUCAAACUUCUGGAUUUGGUAUUGCAAGUUUUCUUUCUUAUGAAACAGCUUUGUUUGUUCCACUAACCUUCAUGUACACGUCAUGAAAAACACUUAAGAUGCAAAGCCAAACUCUGAGCGAACAUUUAAAUUGCCCGUCUCCAUGGCGUCACCAGAAUGUUGAAAGCAGCGUAACAUUCUGACAUGUCACAAACCAAAACCCAAGCUGCAGAAUUCCUUUUCACAGUCAGACAAACUCUGAACCUUUGAGAGAAACUGCACUUUUUUUCCGCCCUGCGAUUAUCUCGAUCCACGAUCUGGUCAAGGUUUUGCUAGCCGCAUGGCUCCUUCCAAGAGAACAAACUCCGUCAUGCAGUGGCAUGGGAUUGAGAGGCUUGGCAUUCACAGUAAUACCGCAGACGGCUGCAGCUACAACUCCCGGAUGCUGGCGAUGGAGAGAGUUCAGCAUGCCGACGCGGUUGCCCUUGUUGAGCGCGUAGAGAGGCUAUGUGACUCUGUGAUGGCCAGGAACAACGCUGUUCUGAAGAGACUGGGCCACUCCAUCCGGCAGAAACCCUCUCCCUCGCUUCGGCUCCUGGACUUCCAGCCAAAGUCCUCCGAAUCCCCCCGCAGACGAGCGAGCAGCAGGAAGACCUGCCAUUUUCCCCCUAUAAAUGGGAAGCAGAUAAGCUGCCCCAACAAGGCCCUGGAUGAGCCCUUCUUUGACACAAAGCUCCCACUGGGAAGUGAGCUGGUGGCGCUGCCCUGUGAGAUGACUGAAACUCCGGGUCGAGCCAGAAAGCCAAGCCCCAACGCUUUGGUUGGAUCUGUGGACACCCUGAGCACCAUGGACACCCACACUCCCAGUGAGCUCACCUCCAUUUCACUGGACCCAUAUCUGCCAUUGACGCCGUCUUGUCUUCCUCCAGCCCCAGCAAAUGGAGCAUCUCAAAUCCUGGUGAAAAUCAAACAAGCAGAACCAGACCAGAACAUAGUUGGAUGCAAAGAGGAUUCAGUUUCAGCCAACGUGGAGCAGGUGAUAAAAAGACAGAAUCAAUUCCUGCUUAUCCACCAACUCCCAUCUAUAGCUUCAGCUGAUCUUAGAGAGACACUUAAAGUUUCUGCACUGCCUCUUCAAUUUGCACAUCCUCCUAAAGUUGCACCACUUCCUAGAUCUGCACUUCUUCCCAAAGCUGCACCUCCGCCUGAAGUUGAAUUGCUUCGUAAAGCAGCACCUCCCCCUAUAGCUGUACAUCCUCCCAAAGCAGCACCUCAUCCUAAAGUCACAAUUGUUCAUAUAGCUGAACCUCCUUCAAAUGCUGCACCUCAUGCCAAAUCUGCACCUCAUGCCAAAUCUGCACCUCAUGCUAAAGUCACAAUUGUUCAUAUAGCUGAACCUCCUUCAAAUGCAGCACCUCCUUUUACAGCUGCACCUCUUCCCAAAUUUGCACCUCAUCCUAAAUCUGCAUCUCAUCGUAAAGCCCUGCUUCCUCUUAAAUCCACGCCUCUUCAUAUAGUUAAUGCCGCACGUUUUCCCAAAGUGGCACCUCAUCCUAAAUCUGCAUCUCCCCCUAAAACCAAACCUCGUAAAGUGGCAUCUCUUCAUGCAGUUGCACGUGCUUCUAAAAUUGUUCCUCCUUCUACAUCUGCACCUCUUCCCAUAGUGGCACCUCAUCCUAAACCUGCACCUCCUCCUAAAGCCACACCUAAAGUCGCAAUUCUUCAUAUAGCUGCACCUCCUCCAAAUGCAGCACCUCCUUCUACAGCUGCACCUCCUUUUAAAGCCACACUGCCUCCUAAAUCCCUUCUUCAUCUUAAAGCCAGACCCCUUCAUACAGUUGCAGCUCUUUCCAAAGUAGUACCUCCUCCUAAUGCCUCACCUCCUCUUAUGGCUGCAUCUCUUCCCAAAGCGCCACUUCCUCUUAAAGCCCCACCUCUUCAAAGAGCUGCCCCUCUUUCUACAGCUGCCCCUCUUUCUACAGCUGCCCCUCUUUCUACAGCUGCCCCUCUUCUCAAAGUUGCACCUCUUCCCACAGUGCCACCUCUCUCCAAUGUGCCACCUCUCUCCAAUGUGCCACCUCCUCCUAAAGUCACGCCUCGUCCUACAGCCGCACCUCCUCCUACACCGACCUCUCCCAACAGAAGACUGCAACGAAAAGCCAUUUACCUCCAGCGGUAUCGCAGAUAGGGUAUGCCCUCUCUGUGUGGGACUUCCCAACAUUUGCAUCUUUUUUUUUUUCUCCCCCUGUUUUUGAGUUGUUGGGAAAGUUGCGCUUAAUAAAACAUUUACCUUCAUACAAUG